CAUCAGGCCGGCCGCCGUCACGCGGAAGAACUGAGUGAACGAGCCAUCGCGUCUUGCUGCAGCUGGAGCUAGAAGGGGUGUUUGCGUGCGAUGGGGAGGCAGCCGUGCUGCGACAAGGUGGGACUGAAGAAGGGGCCGUGGACGGCGGAGGAGGACCAGAAGCUCGUCGGUUUCCUCCUCACCCACGGCCACUGCUGCUGGCGGGUCGUCCCCAAGCUCGCAGGGUUGCUGAGGUGCGGGAAGAGCUGCAGGCUGAGGUGGACCAACUACCUGAGGCCCGACCUCAAGAGGGGCCUCCUCUCCGACGACGAGGAGCGGCUCGUCAUCGAGCUGCACAAGCAGCUCGGCAACAGGUGGUCCAAGAUCGCGGCGCGGCUCCCCGGGAGGACGGACAACGAGAUCAAGAACCACUGGAACACGCACAUCAAGAAGAAGCUCCGCAAGAUAGGCAUCGACCCAGUCACCCACCAGGUGUUGGAGCCGCCUCGUCCUCCGCCGUGCGAGCAGGACGCCACGCCACCGCCACCGGAGCCCCCGGAGCAGCAAGGGCCGCCGCCGCCUCAAGAGCAGCAGGGCGGCGAUAUAAUGCGGGAGGCCGAUGGGAAUGAGGAGGAGGAGGAGCCUUCGCCGUUGAUCGAGCUGCACGAGAUGACAGCGCCGCCGCCGCCUCCGGCGUUGGCGGCGGCCGAGGGUGCCACAAGCACCUGCUCUGUUUCCCCUGCUUCGGUGCUCUCCCCGUCCUGCUCCUCCUCGGCGGUGUCAGGCGUGGACGUGACGGAGUGGCCGGAGCCCAUGUACCUGUUCGGCAUGGACGGCAUCAUGGACGUCGGCUGGGACGGCCUCAUCUCCGACGCCGGCGUCGACGUCGACCCGUUCGCCCAUUACUACCAUGACGCCGGCUUCGACGAUCAAGACGUCUGGAUCAUCUGACGCGAUCCCAGCAAUGUACAUAGACGAAUUCUCUUCGUCUCCUCCUCCUCGCGCCAAUUCCUAGCUAGCUUAGUAGCUCAGCUUUCCAUGUGUUUUUCCCUCCCCCAAACUUUUCUUGGAGAGAAUGCAUGCAAGGCCAUGGUUGUU